CUCAUACUAAAAAUAUAAUUAAUUCUUUUUUUUUUUUAAACCGCAUCGUUUUCGUCGCCUUGUCCUCUUCAGUCUUCUUUUCUUACCUUCUUCGCUUCUCCAUAAAUAAUCCUCCCGUUACGAACUUUCUAGAAUUACCCCAAACCCAGCCUAUUCCAUCCCAGCAAAAUAUCUCCCAUUUUUGUUGGAUUGUAGUAAAUGCUAUGGCUCCCCCACACGUGGUGCAAAAUGGGGACACCACCACCGUCGGAGACUCUCAAAGAUCUAUUCCGACACCCUUUUUGACCAAAACUUAUCAGUUGGUUGAUGAUCACUCUAUUGAUAAUGUUAUUUCUUGGAACGACGAUGGAUCUACCUUCGUCGUUUGGAAUCCUACCGUUUUUGCUAGAGAUUUGCUUCCUAAGUACUUUAAGCAUAAUAAUUUUUCUAGUUUUGUCCGUCAACUCAACACCUACGGAUUCAAAAAAGUCGUACCUGAUCGGUGGGAGUUUACGAACGAAUGCUUUCGCAGAGGCGAGAAACAGCUUUUACGUGAAAUUCAGCGACGGAAGAAUUCAACGGCAACGACAACAACGCCACCAGUAAAAGCAACGGCGGUUCCGGUGGUGAAACCGAUGGUAUCGCCGUCGAAUUCGGCGGAAGAACAAGUUAAUUCGUCGAACUCAUUGCCAGCACGAACUGCGGACACGUGUGAAAAAGCGUAUGCUGAAAUAAUUGAAGAAAAUGAGAAAUUAAAGAAGGAAAAUGUACAGUUAAAUAAGCAGUUGACCGAGAUGAAGAAUCUCUGCAAUAAUAUAUUUACUAUGAUGUUGAAUUACGGCAGUGCUCAAUCGGAAAACAUUUUUCCGGCGAUGGAUUCUUUACCGAUAAAACGGUUUUCCGGCGAGGAGGUGAGUCCGAGGUUGUUCGGUGUGCCGAUCGGCGUAAAACGCGCGAGACAAGGAGAAGGUGCGGGAAUGAAGGAGGAUGACACGCUGUUGAAGUUACCUGCUCCAGGGGCUCAGGUGGUGAAAUCUGAGCCCUUGGAUUGUCAACGAAGUGGUGGUGAUCACCUUAAUCAUCAAGACACGCCGUGGCUUUGGCAGAGUCACCGACCUAAUCAGAGGGUCUGUAACUGAUAAUCAGACGGUGAUCAGUGAAUCACUGUAUUCUGAUAAAGGUGCUGUGCCUAUAUAGGAACAGUCACGUGUCUACCGUGUCACGUGAUUUGUGGAAUUUUUUUUGAAAUUUUGCAUUUUAAGCAAGUUAAAAAUGAAUACGGAAUCUUAAGUUGAUUCACGUGUUCUAAAUUAACGAAGAGUAUGAAAAUCACUCCUCUUUGUUA